AUGAUUAAAUAAGCCUAGAUAAAGUUAAAUUGUCAAUUAAAUGAUCAUUAAGAUUAAGAUGAGAUUGACACUUUCUGUUCUCAUUAGUUUUGUACCGAUUUUCGAUUAAACUGUUUUAAAUGUAUUAAAAAGGGAAUUCAUCGUGCUCAUUUUGAAGAUGUUGAAAAAAUACAAAGUAUAAUAUAGUUUUUUGAAAAUAAAAAUAAAUAAUGUGAUGAUUUGAUUGAUAAUCUUGAUAAGUAAGUAGAUAAUUUAAAUCAAUAAUUUUGUUAAUUAAAAAAGGGAAUCAGAUAUAAAUAUUCAUUAUCAAAAGAGAGAUUAAUGCAAUUGAAUGCUUAAUAAAUAAACGAUGCUCUAAAUUCAGUUGUAAGAUUAGCUGAAUAUAAAGAAUCAAUAACAAUAAUCAUUAAUGAACAGACUAAGAAGCUAAGUCAUUCUUUUUUUAACUUAAAUGAUUAAUUGCAAUUAUCAUCUUUUAAUUAUUAUUUGAUUGAUGAUAAUGAUAUUAGAUUAUCAAAAGAAUUUUACGAAAAAGGUAAUCAUAUAAUCACUUCCUGUAGGUAAUUAAUUAUAUAUGGAUGAUAACUAUUAAUAGGCAAUAUAAUUAUUAGACAAAUCCAUAUAAUUAAAUCCUAAAAAUAAUUUAUCAUUAUGGUGUAAAGGUGAAAUUAAUAUAUUAUCAAUAGGUGCAUCUUUAAGAUGGUUGAAUAAAUAUGAGAAUGCAAUCCUUUGUUUAGAUAAUGCUAUAACUAUUGAUCCUAAUCAUAUUAAUUCUUUAUUUGAAAAGUGUAGAUGAAUAUUAUUAUUAAAAUAAAUA